AUGGAGAGUUUUCACUGUAACUACCACAUAGGUGAGGGUUUCACGAUUCCAAUGACGUUUAUUGGAUCAUGUGAAGAGUAUGGAGAAGAAAUGGUAUUGGUCCAUGUUCCGGGGCUUCCUGGUGCUUUCCCCGUUGCUGUAGAAAAACUUCGCCGUCACAAGUACUUCUUCCAUCUCAAAGAGGAAGAUGUUGAGGUUGUCUCGGAAGAAGUUGCUCAGCUGGGGCUUCUCUCAGUGAUGGAGGCGGUGAAAAAGAGAAUAGGCGAUCCAGAGGUAUUAGAUCAUCUGCUGUCAGUGGCGCGACGACGACAGGCGUCACUUCGUGGAGCUGAGCUUCUUAUAAGCAUCGGGAAUCGCAUCAACGAAGAGGCCCUGCAGCUUUCUUUCCCUUAUCACUACGGUAAUCAUCAUGCUUCCAAGCGAUACUUCGAUAUUACGCCAGAGGCAUGCACGCUGUUUGGGAAUCACAUGAAGCAUGGAGCUAAGAUGUUGUGCCGCUACGGUGUUGCAGUGAUGGUAGGCAUUGCCGCUGAUGAAUCGCUUGGGUGCCCUGUCCCGUUCUGGAAUCCGUCAGGUGCUCCGGCAGCCUGCUUGGCACCAAUGUUUAAUUCAUGUCACUCCAUCUUGGUCGGAGAGGUGAAAUUAGACUACAAUGGCCCCAUAGCCAACUCAGACCUUGCAACCCCGGAAGAUCCAGCACGAUAUCUGAAUCCCACCCUCGACGGAGUCUACGACGUGAGUUCGUGGCUGAACGAGGGCCUGUUUGGUGUGAAGGUGGGUCAACUGGUUGAAAAUGGCUGUGUCGUGCACGGUGUUUGCUAUAACGAGGGGCGGCAAGAGUUUGAGUUGCAUGUUCGAGAAUUGUCAACGGGUGAAAUACGUCCGUCUGUCUCGUCUCUCCUGCGUUCACAGUAG